GUCCAUGUUCAUAAAUGUGCUUCUACUGGCUUUGAGUGCCGCUGCAGUCGAAGGAAUUUCAAGAUCGAAACGUCAAUCGCUUGGCUACUACCUAUGCGGUGGUUCAUCAAACGGAUCGGUAGCUCAAAACGCGGUUGCGGUUCGAAUUGUGGAAUUGGCAACUCGUUCGUGUUACCGAACUCCUACUAUUCUUCAAACUCCAACUGUCAAACAUCUUGCAAUAACAUAAACUGUAACCAGUUCAACGGGCAGUAUAAUAGUCAGUACAACUCAUGUGCAAACACCUGCUGCGGUGGUGUGAACUCUCUGAACAGCUGGCCAACAUUCGGUUCAUCUGUGGCUUACUCUGGAUUCAACAACGGCUACUACAAUCCUUACGCAAACAACGUCUUAAAACGGCUUCAACAACUACAU